AUGACUGAGAUGUUGAUGGAACAUUGCAUCCUUGAAGAGAAGGCGGCUGACCGCUUUCUGAUGGGUAUGAAAGAAAUGUUGUGGAAGUACUCGCUUUGCAGGAAUGUCUGGAUGGAAAUUGCACUGAAAGUUGUUUCUGUGAUGCUGGUGCAAGUGGUGUCGAACGCGCAGGCCUUUUCCAGCGACAUCAACCGCGCCUACAAUUUGUGUUUGCUUAUCGUCAUGGGUAUCACACUUGCCACCGCUGUCCUGAUUUGGAUCAUGAAGCCUUAUGCGCAACCGCAAGUGAAUCAACUCCAAGUCUGCGGUUUUGUCUCUUUGGCAGUUGCAGCUUUGGGCUUUGUGAAGCAUAACAUAUGGCUCAGCAGAAUGGCCCUUCUAUUACCUUUCUUGGUGACAGGGAGUCAGGCUCUUUGGUGGCCUGACAGCCCUGCCAGCUUGGCUAGCCGCCUUUGGAGGCAGCUGGAGCCAGGGCUUGCCGACUUGAAGAAGGGUGUCACGCAGGAGGUGGCAGCUUCUUCCUUCUACAUAGCGAGCAGAAGUGAAUGUGUGGAAAUACAGUCCCUGGCCUUGGCUCUUCGACGCUCACCAGCCGAACCAUGGCUUCCGGCCAUCGGAGGCGUGCCUGGCCACCACAAAGAUCGCAACGGCGAUCCGCGGCAUGGGCUGAUGGAGAUCAUGGUCAUCGCUCGGCCUACCGUCCGUGGUAAAGUCACUUUCCUCCACAAGGAGGUGCUGCAGCAAUGGGUUCCAGUCGGCGCACAGGUGGAAGUUGCGGCUCUCAGCCGCUUAGGCGAGUUCCACGUGGACGACGGCAGCGGUCCCUGGCUUCGCGAUCGGAUUCUGAUCACAGCCUCGGAGACUGAAGAUUUGGCCAUGACGGCAGAGGCUGUUGAGGGUGGCAUCCAGCACUUGCUUUCUGGCACUGGGCUCACCCCAGACUCGAGGGUGGAGCCGCCGCCAGCCGAUGAGUGGGAUCUAGCGCGAUCCGGUCUCCUCCACCGGGAUGUGGGAGCCAGUAAGCUCUGA